CGCCCUGAAAGACCUGUGAGAUACUCGGCCCUUUGAUGGUAUCACUCUUGCCACGGCUCUCAUACUCACCUUUUUUACUUCGUUCUGCUACUCCUUACUCGGUCCCUUUCUCCUCUUCAGCUCACCUCAGCCUCGAGCUCAAUCGGUGUCCACCCUCCGCUCCUCCUCCUCUCCCGCCCCACGUUCUCUCGUCGGCGGCUGUACAAAAGAAACGAGGGAGCUUGUGUCUGCCAUAUAGAGAUCGGAUAGAUACGUCCCGCGUAACUCACGGACACUCAAGUCUCCUUACAGAACCCCUCAAGAAGAUUCCAUCUAUCCCAACUAACAUGGAGGCGCAGCGUGAGGGUACCAUCACCCUGGGAGUAUGUGCCCUCGACCGAAAGGCUCGAAGCAAGCCCAUGCAGAAUAUCCUGAACCGGAUCUUGGCCAAUAAGGACCUCGAUGUGAACAUUGUGAACUUCGGUGACAAGGUCAUUCUGGACGAGCCGGCAGAGUCUUGGCCAGUAGUGGACGUGCUGAUUUCAUUCUUCAGUGCUGGGUUUCCCUUGGACAAGGCCAUCGCCUACGCCAACCUCCGCAAGCCCGUCUGUGUCAACGACCUUGGUCUCCAGAAAGUCCUCUGGGAUAGAAGAGCUGUCCUAGCCAUCCUCGAUGCCGUCAAGGUACCUACGCCGAGGCGACUGGAAGUGGAUCGAGAUGGAGGGCCAGAGGUGGAAGAGGAACUGGGCAAGGAUCUGAAGAGGCGUUUAGGAGUCGAUUUGCUUCGUCGUAGACCGGUCCAAGAUUGCUACCUGAAAGACGAAGAUACUCUCGUAGUAGGCAAUCAGGAGAUUCGAAAGCCUUAUGUCGAAAAGCCCGUCAGUGGAGAGGAUCACAAUAUCCACAUCUACUUUCCACGAUCGAUGGGAGGAGGGGGCCGAAGGCUGUUCAGAAAGGUCGGCAACAAAUCCUCGGAACAUGACCCGAACCUGAUCGAGCCAAGAAAAGAGGGCUCGUAUAUCUACGAGGAGUUCAUCAGUGUUGACAACGCCGAGGAUGUCAAGGUGUACACCAUUGGUCCCCACUUCGUCCAUGCCGAGACUCGCAAGUCCCCGGUCGUAGAUGGCCUGGUGAAAAGGAAUCCAGACGGUAAAGAGAUCCGUUACAUCACAAAGCUAUCUGAGCCUGAAGUGACGAUGGCAACGAGCAUUAGCAAGGCCUUCAAACAGAACAUCUGUGGCUUUGACCUCUUGCGGGUCGGAAACAAAAGCUACGUCAUUGACGUGAAUGGAUGGAGCUUCGUUAAGGGCAACGACUUCUACUAUGACAAAUGCGCAGAGAUCCUUGGCAACUUUUGCAAGCACAAUGUUCCGCCUGUUCGAUCUCUUUCUUCUGGUAGUGAGACUGGCUCAACAAGUGAGCAGUCUCAGGCCUCUUGGAACCUGAAAGCAACCGUCACCGUUUUCCGUCACGGUGACCGAACGCCAAAGCAGAAGCUGAAGAGGAGCUUCAAAGCCAAAGAUUCUUGGACGGCUCCACUUAUCGAUCUCCUACAAGGGCGAAGGGAAGAGAUCAUCCUCCGACAACAGCUUGACCUCGUCUCUACGGCUGCUGAAGAGGCUCGCAAGCUCGACGGCGCUCAGACAGAAGACCUUGAUCUUGUCAUCGAUGUCAUCAACCGUAAGAAGGAGAUGCCAGGUACCAAGGUGCAGAUGAAGCCGGCAUUCAAGGAUGGUAAGCUAGACAAGAUGACAUUGAUCGUCAAGUGGGGCGGCGAGUUCUCCCAUGCUGCUAGACACCAAGCCAAGGACUACGGACAGAAUAUGAGGAGAGACAUGAUGAUCAUGUGCCCAAAGGCGCUCAAGAACUGUACCAUCUACACGAGCUCCGAGCGCCGAGUCACUGCCUCUGCUGAGAUUUUUGCAGCAUCCUUCCUGGACGACCCCGAAGAGCCAUCGCAGAAGCCCCUCCAGCUUGUCAUCCGCAAAGACCUCCUAGACGAUUCGAAUGCGGCCAAAGAAGACAUGGACACUGUCAAGAAGUCCCUCAAGGCCAGCUUGAGGGCAGACGGCGUCGAUGCUCAGAAGCGACCCGAGCAUUGGCCUGAAGACAUGGCGCCUCCUGCUGAACUCGCCAGACAAAUUGCGGCCAUCUUGGCCCAUCUGUCCAAGGUGAUGAAGCAGAAUUUCCAGAGUCUUGACGUUGAAAAGAUUCAGAAGCGCUGGUGUACCCAUGAGACCCCCAAGUUGUUCCGCGAGAGGUGGGAGAAGCUCUUUGCCGACUACGAAGAGGAGCCAAGCGAUCCAUCGAGAACUUCCGAAUUGGCAGACAUGCUAAGUCACGAUGGUCUGCACAACCGGCCUUUCCUCGAGGCCAUCUUCAGCGAUCCUGCUGAGACCGAUGAGAAGAAGAAGCUGGAGAUGUUGCACGAGCUUUAUCGUCUGAGCUGCGUCUUGUUCCAUUACGUCUGCCCCCGCGAGUACGGCAUUGAGCUGGAGCAAAAAGAACGCAUCGGCCUUCUUACCUCCAUGCCUCUGAUGAGGAACAUCGUAUCUGACCUGGAGCGAGCCGAGGAGGGCAGUCUCUGCUCCCUCUACUUUACAAAGGAGUCUCACGUGCAUACGCUUCUAAACCUCAUCCUUGCUUCCGAUCUACCCAUCGUAAUGCCCCGCAUGCCACCAUUGGACUACUUUAGCUCUAUUACUUUCGAAGUCUUCGAGAAGACUCCAUCCAACACAGGUGGGGCGAAUAGCACUACUGCUUCGCCCCGGCCAUCACACGAUGCCGGAUCAGCAGCGGCCGCAGAAAGAGCCCCUUCGCCGAUGUCUACCACCCCUGCAACAAGGCCGGAGCGGUCUCUCUUGAUCACGGUUUCGGAAGGAGCCUUCUCAUCGAACAUUCUCUCCAUUGACCUGGACGCUCGCCAUUCGAUCCACCCUCUGCCCCGUAGAGCCCUCACUCAGCACAUUGAGCUAUCGGAAGCCCUCUCGAAGCUUUCCGCCCAUGCUUUGAGCGUGGAAGACUCGAAGAUGCUCGCUCGUGGUCAAAUUGAGGGAGCUGCCGUCUUCUUCGGUGAAAAGGAAGCAGAGAGCGAGCAUGGCUUGCUGCCCGUGAACAAGGCGAGCUUCUCCCACAGCCAAGCCAGCAGCGUUCAAGGAGAGGUGACGGCUUCCUCGUCUCCUCCGACGCCGCCGAAGCAAAAGACGUCCAAGCCAGUGGUACUUUGUGGACCUUCGGGAGUGGGCAAAAGUACCCUCAUCAAGAGGCUCUUUGCAGAGUUCCCAGAUGAGUAUGGGUUCAGUGUAAGCCACACCACCCGUGCACCACGCCCAGGGGAGAUUCCCGGUUUCCACUACCACUACGUCUCCCGCUCCGAAUUCGAAGAUCUAGUCUCCAAGGGUGCCUUCCUAGAGCAUGCUACCUUCGGUGGCAACAUGUAUGGCACAACCAUUGCCGCCGUCGAAGCCGUUUCCAAGGAGGCUGGCAAGCGAGCCAUUCUAGAUAUUGAUGCCCAGGGCGUCAAGUUACUCAAGGCCAACCAUGCCCACUUGGAUCCAUUGUACCUCUUCGUCUCCCCACCUAAGCUCGCGGCACUCUAUGAGCGAUUGAAGAAUAGGGGGACAGAAACGCCCGAGAGUGUACUCAAGCGACUCAGUAUGGCUGCGGGGGAGAUGGCGUAUGCUCGAGAGGAUGGCGGGAGGAACUUUGACGUCGUAGUCGUCAAUGAUGAUCUAGAUCGGGCAUACCAGGUCUUCAAAAAGGCGAUUCGAGGAGUGGGAGUACAAGAGGUGGGGAGUGUUAAUGGAUCUGAAGAAAAGGGAGAGAAGGGAGAUGCUAUGCCUGUUGAAGAGGAGGAGGGCUCAGUGCUUGAGCAGGCGAGAAAGGAAGUCGAGGAUGCAAAGGCCUCGUCUUAAUGUCGAUGGCCAUCUUCCACUGUCACUUCGUUUCUUCUUUCGGCUUCAUCACAGAGGUCCCGCCCUCGCAAAUCUAUUAUAUGGCAACGCUUCUCACUCCCCGCACCCUAGCCUGUAUAGCAAUGGUAUGAACAAUGCAUUGUAUUCCAGUCCCUUGUCGCUGCUCUGCAUGCAUGCACACGAGCCCUCCUGCGCGA